GUCCACUACGUUUCUUCUCGCUUUUUUUCUCUCUCUCCAUGUGAUGACUUUCCUAAAAACAAUGGCAACGAUCAUUUCUCCCUUUCUUAUCUAAUUCCCCUCUAUUCUUUUCAUUUUUUGGUUUUUUUUUCAACUCACAAACCCUACGACUUAUUUUUCACCUCGAUCUUACUUAUUCUACUGUUUGCUUUUUCUAGUUAAAAUCCUGUGUUUUCUUGAGAAUUCUCUUCGUUGAGCUGGUAAACUUCGAAGAAAUCCAGCUGUUUUUACUACAUUAAGUAAAUUCUUUUCAUUUUUCGAAGUGAGUUAAUCUGCGACCAAUUUGAGGUGAAUUGAGCUGUUGAAUUGGGAAUUUUGUAAGAGAUCUGUUUUAGGUAUCAAUUUAGGUACUCUGAAGUGAAGUUUGGACCGUCUCAAAUUGGGUGGUUUGGAUUGGAUCGGGAGCGAAACAGCGCCAUUAGAUGGCGCUGUUCAGACGCUUCUUCUAUAGGAAGCCGCCGGAUCGGCUUCUCGAGAUUUCUGAGCGGGUCUACGUGUUUGAUUGUUGCUUCUCCACCGACGUGUUGGAUGAAGAUGAGUACAAGACAUAUAUGGGAGGGAUUGUAGCUCAGCUGCAGGACCACUAUGCAGAUGCUUCUUUCAUGGUUUUUAACUUUAGGGAAGGUGAUAAGAGGAGUCAAAUAUCUGAUAUAUUGUCCCAAUAUGAUAUGACUGUGAUGGAUUAUCCUCGGCAAUAUGAAGGGUGUCCACUAUUGCCCCUGGAGAUGAUUCACCACUUCUUGCGCUCGAGUGAGAGCUGGCUUUCACUUGAGGGCCAGCAAAACGUCCUGUUAAUGCACUGUGAGAGGGGAGGCUGGCCUGUACUUGCUUUCAUGCUUGCUGGCCUUCUUUUGUACAGAAAACAGUACACUGGUGAGCAUAAGACUCUUGAAAUGGUAUACAAGCAAGCUCCUAGGGAGCUGCUCCAUCUUUUGUCGCCUCUGAAUCCACAGCCAUCUCAGCUUAGAUAUCUCCAGUACAUCUCCAGAAAGAAUUUUGGCUCAGAAUGGCUGCCAUCAGAUACUCCCUUUGCGUUAGAUUGCAUUAUACUUAGAUUCCCUCCGCUAUUUGAUGGCGGGAGAGGAUGUCGACCUGUACUUCGCGUCUAUGGACAGGACCCUGCUUCAACAACCUCUAAUAGGAGCUCUAAGCUCCUUUUUUCAACUUCAAAGACAAAGAAACAUGCUCGCUUCUACCAACAGGAAGAGUGUUCACUGGUGAAAAUAGACAUCCAUUGUCGCGUCCAAGGAGAUGUUGUUCUCGAGUGUGUCCAUUUGGAAGAUGACCUAGUAAGGGAAGAAAUGAUGUUCAGGGUCAUGUUCCACACCACAUUUAUUCGCUCAAAUGUUUUGAUGUUAAUGCGUGAUGAAGUUGAUGUCCUGUGGGAUGCAAAAGACCAAUUUCCUAGAGGGUUCAAAGCAGAGGUACUCUUUUCGGAUCCUAAUGCUGUUUCAGCUGUUGUCACUGAAGAAGUGCCAAGUGAGGAUGAGAAUGGGACCGAAGGCGCUUCACCUGAGGAGUUUUUUGAAGUCGAAGAGAUAUUCAGCAAUGCCGUUGAUGGGCAGGAUGGAAAGGGGGAGUCUGGAGCCCACAUUGUUAAGGAAAGUUUGCAGGAUGAUGAUAGUAUUGAAAUAAUCUGGAAAGAGGAGGUGGAACAUCAUGCAUUUCAAGAUUGUGCGUCAGACGAAGUAAAUAACAAGCAAGAAAAAAAGAUGGAUUCUAAUCGUUCUGCAUCAGAAACCAAUAUUUUAGGAGAUAGAGACAACUCUAUACCCUCCAGCGUUGUAGUUACCAAUGGUACUAGCAACAUGGAAUCAGAACUGGUAUUGUCUGGGGAUUGUUUGGCAUCAGAAAAUGGGGAGCUAAAGCUAGAUAAAGCAGGCACUCUGAAACAGAAGAAGUUGGAGAGGGAAGGUUUGCAACAGAAGAUGAGUGCUGAUAUCAAUAAACAAAAAAGUGACAAGACAGUCUCAUCUCUUAAGAAACAAUCAUUCUCCAAUGCAAAACCUGCCGUCGAUGGCAUAGGUCCGAAAAAUAAAUCAAAACAGCAGGAUAGCCAAGGUACUGUACGACAGGCAAAGCCUAAUGCGGUGUCCCGGUGGAUCCCUCCCAACAAAGGUUCUUAUACUAGUUCAAUGCAUGUGUCAUAUCCACCAUCAAGGUAUAACAGUGCUCCUCCUGUGCUUGCUCUCACCAAGGAUUCUCAAUCUGGGGUUAAAUCAAAGUCACCAUCUCCUCGAGCUUCUUCAGAAGCUAUAGUUUCUGCUGAAGCAGGUCAUGUUCCAGGGAAAGACUCUUCAUGUCCUGCAUCGGGUAUGUCAAUGGUUGAGGCAUCUGUUGCUACAAUGUCUGCCCCAGAAUCAGUUGAAAGCCACCAGACCCUACAGGGUCAUCCACCUCCUCCAAGUUCGUUGCCUUCUCCAUCACCGAGCACUUCAUCUCAUGAAACGCCUGACACUGUUGUAGCAGGAACUAAUUCACCAUCAGCUUCUGCAACUCCACGUUCAAGUAAUGUCCAGUCAUUUUCACCUCCUCCACCUCCUCCUCCCCCACCCCCUCCGCCUCCACCAUCAACUAGCUCAAGGAUGACUCCAGCGGGUGCCUUCUCUCCUCCCCCACCGCCACCACCUACUCCGCCUCUGCCCACAUCAUCUAGUAUAUCACCCCCUCCACCACCCCUUUGGGUGGGGUAUGGAACUUCCUCAAAAGUAGUAUCUAGUUCAUUGUCACCUCCACCGCCUCCACCUCCUCCUCCUCCACCUAUAUAUGCAUCCACUGUACCAAGAUUAGCCAGCUUUGGGGUUUCCACACCAUCACCGCCACCCCCUCCCCCUCCUCCUACUAUGCGUACUGGCUAUUCCCCUCCUCCUCCUAUGCGUACUGGCAAUUCCCCUCCUCCUCCUCCCCCUCCUCCUCCUAUGCGUACUGGUUAUUCCCCUCCUCCUCCUCCGCCUCCACCACCUCCUCCUCCUUUACUUGGUUCUUCAGCGCCACCUCCCCCUCCACCGCUACCAACACUACAUUCCUCGCAAGUUGCUCCACCUCCACCACCUCCGCCACCUUUGCGAAAUGUUCCUCCUCCACCACCCCCACCUCCUUCAAAAUGCUCCCCCUCCCCUCCUCCUCCGCCUUCUUUAUACAAUGUUCCAUCUGCACCAUCUCCACCACCUCCACCUCCCCCUCCUUUUUCUAGAGCACCACCACCACCUCCUCCACCGCCUGGAGGUCCACCUCCACCACCUCCUCCAAUGUGGGGGCCUCCACCUCCUUCUAUGCGGGGGCCUCCACCUCCUCCACCUCCUCCGGGAGGUGGCCCUCCUGGAGCACCUCCUCCUAUGCGGGGGCCUCCACCUCCACCACCUCCUCCUGGAGGUGGCCCUCCUCCACCACCUCCUCCUCCCGGAGGUCGCGCACCUGGUCCACCUCCCCCACCCCCUCCGGGAGGACGCGCACCUGGUCCGCCUCCCCCACCCCCUCCGGGAGGACGAGCACCUGGUCCGCCUCCCCCACCCCCUCCGGGAGGUCGCGCACCUGGUCCACCUCCUCCACCUGGAGCUCCAAGACCUCCAGGUGGUGGACCUCCCCCACCACCACCAUUUGGCGCUAAAGGACCUGGUGCAGUUGGCAGAGGCAUUCCCGCAGGGAGAGGUCAGGGAUUUUCACGCACAGCUGGUGGUGUAGCCCCUCGAAGAUCUAACUUAAAGCCGUUGCAUUGGAGCAAGGUAACUAGGGCACUGCAAGGAAGCUUAUGGGAUGAGCUGCAAAGAAACGGAGAGUCUCAAUUGUCACCAGAAUUUGAUUUUUCAGAACUUGAGACUCUUUUCUCUGCUACAGUCCCCAAGUCAGACAAUGCGGGUAAAUCUGGAGGGAGAAGGAAGUCUGUUGGGUCUAAACCAGAAAAGGUUCACCUGAUUGACUUAAGGAGGGCAAAUAAUACUGAAAUUAUGCUCACAAAGGUGAAAAUGCCACUGCCUGACAUGGUGGCAGCUGCCCUCGCAAUGGAUGAGUCAAUUUUAGAUGCUGAUCAGGUGGAGAAUCUUAUCAAGUUUUGUCCUACAAAAGAUGAGAUGGAACUUCUGAAGAAUUACGCUGGCGACAAGGAGCUCCUGGGAAAGUGUGAACAGUUUUUCCUGGAGCUCAUGAAGGUGCCUCGAGUCGAGUCAAAAAUGAGAGUUUUUCUCUUCAAGAUCCAGUUCAACUCUCAGGUCAAGGACUUCAAAAAAAACUUAAACACUGUGAACUCUGCUUGUGAAGAGCAGGUCCGACAUUCUCUCAAAUUGAAGGAAAUAUUGAAGAAAAUAUUGUAUUUAGGGAAUACAUUAAACCAAGGAACUGCCAGAGGUUCUGCCGUUGGAUUUAAGUUGGACAGUCUUUUGAAACUGACUGAUACACGUGCUACUAACAACAAGAUGACACUCAUGCAUUAUCUUUGUAAGGUUCUUGCUGCCAAGUCACCAGCACUUUUAGACUUCCAUGUAGAUCUUGUGAGCCUGGAAGCUGCGUCAAAGAUACAAUUGAAGUCUCUGGCUGAAGAAAUGCAAGCAAUCAUCAAGGGUUUGGAAAAAGUUAAAAAGGAACUGGAGGCAUCCGAGACUGAUGGCCCUGUGUCUGAAAUUUUUCGUAAGACCUUAAAGGAGUUCGUUGGUGUGGCUGAAGCACAGGUUGGCUCUGUCAAGGAGUUAUAUUCUGUUGCGGGCAGAAAUGCAGAUGCACUUGCACUAUAUUUCGGUGAGGAUCCUGCCCGCUGUCCGUUUGAGCAAGUCACAGCGACCCUCUUAAAUUUUGUGAGGCUGUUCCGCAAAGCCCAUGAAGAGAACUUGAAGCAGGCUGAAUUAGAAAGGAAGAAAGUUCAGAAGGAGGCUGAAAUGGAGAAUGCCAAAGGAAUUAAUCUAACAAAGAAGGGUUUCAAGUGAAUGGGAAUGAUUUCAUUAUUUCAGGGAAUAUUGGGUGUCGAAUGAUCUGUCUGUUAACCAUGUUAAGUGAGGAUAUCUUGCAAAGACAGACCAGAAGCCUCCUAAUGUAAGUGCUUUGGCAUUCUUUUUAUUUGUGAAAGAAUGUUCAGGCUUGUGAAAGAAUGUUCAGGCUUGUGAACCAGAGUGCAGUGAAAUGCUUUGCUGAUAGGAAGCUGAACCGGACACAUCAUUGUCGGGGCUUUUGGAUGAUGCAAGCAACCUGUCGCUCCAUAAAUUGAUCGCCUUGAUUUUUGUUAUUGGCAGGUGAUCAUGAAUGCUAUCCAACCCGGAGAAAUUUGCUACAUGAUUAAACAGAUGCUGCAAUCAAGAGUGCAAAUUUGGAUGGAGCAACAUGCUGGACUUUGUGUUGGCGCAAAUGUAGUUGCCACAAUGUCAACGUUUACCGUUGACCGCUCUUAUGCCAAGUCAACUGUAAAUUAGAAGUGUAACAUCAGUUUGUAUAAAGCCUAGCUAGUGUAUCUAGAUUCAAAAUUGAUUCUUUUCAUUGUAACGUAGAAAAAGGGGUUCGUUAUUAUGGCAGCUUUUAUGGGAACCUGCCACGAAAUUGAUUGUACAGAAAGCAUAGGAGAGGAUAGGGAUAGGUUCUUUUAGCAAUAGUGUUGUGUCAAUAUGUAGGCUGUAGGAUUAGUUCCCCCUCUUCCUAGAUAGUACAAGUUUUGGAAAAUUUUCUGAUAUCUUUAUUUGUUAAUCAAAUCACACGAGUUAUCUGCA